AUACCGACCGACCGAGAAGGAAAACGUCGCAGUCAUUGUGACAGUGAAUAUUUAAAAAAUAUUAAAACUGUUUGCCUCAGCCAGCACACUCAGCGGCUCUGUAUAAAUUUUUGCUGGUUAAUUGCUUUACUACUUGCAUUCAUUCAUUAUUUGGAUUUGUGUACAAAUUUCACAGUGAACAAACUGAAAGAGAAAAUUUCAAUUUGAAAGAAAACAGAAAAAAAUAGCAAAAUUCAAAAUAAAAUACCCAUAUAGAAAAUAAUCGCGUAAAACAGAGGAAAAACAAAACAAAAACAUAAGAUGACUCUGGCACAGACGAACUAUUGUCAAUCUGUUGCUAUUGCCAGUAAAGAGGGAAUGGACGUAGAGGACUAUAAACCUAAAGGAUUUUGGUUAUUUCGACUUCUACGCAAUUGGACAACUAGUUCACCAACCAUGUUACGGGCUGUUGAAAAGAAAAUUCUGUCAUUUCUAAAGACACCAUAUCGUGGAUUUUUUGUUGAUAUUGGUCCAGCCAUUGGGGAGUCGGAUAAAAUAUGGACGGUGAGCUUUAAUACAGAAUCCAAGGAAGUUCCAUUGGUAAUGUUGCAUGGCUUGGGUGCCGGUGUGGCCUUGUGGGUUAUGAAUUUCGAUGCCUUGGCCAAAGAUCGUCCGGUGUAUGCCAUCGAUAUUUUAGGAUUUGGCCGAAGUUCCCGACCCAAGUUUUCCAAUGAUGCCCUGACAUGUGAAAAGCAGUUUGUCAAGUCGGUAGAAGAAUGGCGACGUGAAAUGAAUAUUAAAAAUAUGAUCUUACUUGGACAUUCAAUGGGUGGUUUCAUAGCAUCCAGCUAUGCCCUCUCAUAUCCGGAUAGAGUUAAACAUCUCAUCUUGGCCGAUCCAUGGGGUUUUCCGGAAAAACCUUCUGAUGCUUUGUCCAGCAAACAAAUUCCUCUAUGGGUGAGGGCUUUGGCUCAUGCUCUGACACCGCUAAAUCCCUUAUGGGCUUUACGGGCAGCUGGACCAUUUGGUCAAUGGGUUGUACAGAAGACUAGACCGGAUAUUAUGCGCAAAUUUUCGUCUACCAUUGAGGAUGAUAUUAAUCUCAUACCACAAUACAUACAUCAAUGCAAUGCCCAAUAUCCCAGUGGAGAAUCGGCUUUUCACACCAUGAUGGAAUCUUUUGGCUGGGCCAAGCAUCCAAUGAUUCAUCGUAUCAAAGAUGUGCGCCACGACAUACCGAUGACAUUUAUUUAUGGAACACGUUCGUGGAUCGACUCAUCUUCGGGUGAGAAAAUCAAAGCACAACGUGGCGACUCCAUUGUCGAUAUAAAAGUUGUGAAUGGUGCUGGUCAUCAUGUCUAUGCCGAUAAACCGGAGAUCUUUAAUCGUUAUGUCAAUGAAACAUGUGAUUUAUAUAAAAUUCGUCAACUGAUACGAGAUUCAACGGAAUCUGAUGAAGAACAUGCAAAUACUUCGGGACCCGAGGCACAUUCCAAAGAAACCGAAGCAACAGAAGCCGAAUCGGAAUCAUCGAGGCAACAGCUACAAACAAAUGCAACGGCAAAGCAAACGAACGAAAACUCCUCCACAUCGACAGCUUUGAAGAGCACCGAAAAUCGCACCCAAUGAUGGUUAUUUCAAUACGGUUAUGAAAUGUUUCAUCAAUUAUUUUCUAAUUCUAAUAGCGCUUAAUAAAAGUAAUUUUGUGUAUUAUAUAUUUCUAGAAUAGUACAAUUUAAUUCUUUCUUCCUUCUUUUCGAUUUCAUUGUUUAUGUAUCCUCCGAGAAUAGUAUUAAUUAAAAAUGAAUUCUCUUUGAAAUAACUACAAAUUUUUAGACAAAAUAAAUUAUGAGAUUUUAUACUAUUGUGCAUGUGAAUGGUGGACUAUUUCGUAUUCGCCCUUAUGCAUCCAAUUGUCAAUUGCAAGAAUGAAUUCUAAUUAUCGAAAAUACAACAUCAGCACCAAUAUAUAUUUCAAAUAUUUUCAAAGCUAGAAAUUAUAUGCUACAUUUGUCAUUUGUAGGUAUAUAUAUAAAAGUUAUACAUAUAUACAAAACAAAAUCCAUGCAAUUUUAUAUUUUAUUUUAACACAAUUGAAUUAGAAACAUUUUAUUUUGUUGUUAUUUUAGUUCGUAAAUACUAUUAAUGAAAAAUGUUAUUAAAUAUCGAUAUUUUUGUAAUAUUAAAAGCAAAAUUUUGUAAACCAUUAAUUGGUAUUAAAUAAAUAUGAUAAGCUAAUGCUUAAUGUUAUUCAUUA